AUGGCGGAAGAGCAGAAAGUAGCUGCAGCUGUGGAUGCUACCGCCGACAAUGCCGCCGCAGAGCAGGAUGUGAAGGAAGUCCUAGCUGAGCUCAAAUCGGACGAAGCUAGAAAGCAGGACAGCGCAGAUGCUGAAAAGGCCGAAGAAGAAAAGAUCGUUGCGGCUGCUAAGAAGCUAGGCGAAGAAGCUCUGUCAAAUGAGACUGCAAAAGAAGCGUCAGAGACACAAAAGGGACGUGGCGGCAGCCGUGGCCGUGGCCGUGGAGGAGUGCGCAUCAACUACCGCGACAAUAUCAAAUCGGAUCCAUCCUCCCUGGAGGAGACAGAUGAUCCUGUUGAGAUUAGAAAGCAAGUUGAAUUCUACUUCUCUGACUCCAACCUACCAAUGGACAAGUUCCUCCUCUCAAAGGUUGGCGGUAGCGAGAACAGGCCAGUUGAGCUCUCUCUUCUUCAUUCGUUCAAGCGAAUGCGCCGUUUCCAGCCUUUCAGCGCUAUCGUUGAAGCCCUCAAAGGCUCGGAGCUCGUCGAACUGGUAGAUGACGAUAAAGCUGUGCGUCGCAAGGUCCCUCUUCCAGACACCAUCAAGGAGACAGCCGAUUCAUCAGCCGUCAAAAUAUUCGAGGAUAAAGCCAUGCAUCGCAGCAUAUACGCCAAGGGAUUCGGUCCAGAGGAACCCAGUACCCAGUUUGACAUUGAAGCGUUCUUCACUCCCUACGGCCCCACCAACGCUGUUCGUCUUAGACGUGCUAUGGAUAAGACAUUCAAGGGUAGCGUGUUUGUCGAGUUUGAGACGGAAGACCUGCAAAAGGCAUUUUUGGCAAUUGAACCAAAGCCGAAGUGGAAGGGCACCACAGAAUUACUUAUCAAGAGCAAGAAGCAGUACUGUGAUGAGAAGAUCAAGGAGAUAGAAGCUGGUCGUCUGAAGCCCAGUGACCGGUCUAGUGGACGAGGUGGUCGAGGAGGCCGCGGAGGUCGCGGAGGUCGUGGGGGACGGGGCGGUCGAGGCGGCCGUGGUAAUGGUCGGGAUCGUAGUGAUCGAAAUGGUGACCAAGUAAAAGAAGAAGCCCAGGCAAAGCGCCCUGAAGCAGAGAGAGAUAGCCGCGGUGUCCCUGUCGUCCAGGUCUCCAGCAACAAGGCUGGAUCCCAACACAAUGGAGGUUCCAAUAGCCAAAAGCGCAGUCGUGAAGAAGACUCUGGGCCAAAGGCCGAUGGCAAUACUGAAGAGAGACCAGCUAAGAAGGUUGAUGCUAAAGACAGUUAA